GGCUAACAAGAGAAGCCAUUGCCGUAGAUUAACAUGUUUUAUUCGACUUGCUGAUUACCUGAUUGUGAAUACAAUGCAUGUGCUAGCUGUUAACUCUGUGACAACAUUGUUGAACUAUCUCAAAGAACAGUUGCAGAACACACCGACACUUGCUCAGAUCCAGGGGAAAGAAGAAUCUGAUGAAAUGGCAGAAAAAGAUGAAGAUAAGGGAACUAUACCACCAUCUAUGACUGGCACCGGUACUUACCAAGAAGAUCAGGACCACGCCCAACCACCUCUUUUUACGACAGAAUUUGUGCUCGAACCAGCACAGCUAACAUUUGCACCGCACCGAGAUGACUUCCAAGAUGGGGUUGCUGAGGUGAUAAAACGAUUCCAGGAUUGUGUGCUGAGUGUGGCUAACUUGGUUCCUGAUGUGUAUUUUGAUGCCUUCACAAG